AGUAAAGCAGCAGAAGCAGUUUUCAAUUAAAGAAUUACAACAGGAUUAAGCAAUUAAAAAUCGCCUGCAAAUCCAGACUAUAAAAAGGUUAAAAUUCAAUAACACUUAAGCAAUUAGUUUGGAUGAUGCCAUCCAGUCAUUUCCUAUAACAAUUUGAACUUUGUUACUACCAAUAGUUUUUGCUCUUGCAUUUAAUAUUUUCUCUGAUAAUUUAAUGGAAUGAUUGCGCGAGAAUGUAUAUUGAAAUCGUAAAACAAGGCACAGAUAUGGUACUUUCAAUGUUAUCAAUACGACCAAUAUAAACAAGCGCUGUAAGAUUUAAAAAAUCAGUUCAUUUUAAACCUGUUAAUAAAUUGGUCAGAAUCAGUAAUUCGCAGCUUCCAAUGGGUUCCCUACCAACAAUUCGACAUAUAGAAACUCUUCUAAGAAAUGAGUUAGCACCUAAUGAAUUUGUUGUGAGUACGAAAUCAUCGCGUCUCACAGUGCCCGGGGAAAAUUUUGGAUCGGAAAUGUUGAGCAUUGUUAUCAAAAUUAAAGACAACGUUACGAAAGCCGAAAGAACUUUACAUACAGCCGCAAAAUUAAUCCCGGAGACUAAAGAAGUGCAAACAUUUUUUGAUACUCAGGUAACAUACAAAUCAGAAUAUCAAUUCUACAGUUCAAUAGGACCUCUACUAGACAACUUUCUCAAAGAAAAUGGGUUUCCAGAAGGGGCUGAUUUUAUAGCCCCAUUCUAUGGCGGGAGACUUAACUUGAAUGGAAGCGACCGCGUAGAUGAAGACGCCAUCAUUUUAAUGGCAAACUUAAAAUAUUUAGGGUACGCUACUGGAGAUAAAGCCAAAGGUUUGGAUAUUUCUAGUGUUGAAGUUGCCUUAAAGUCCUUAGCCAAAUUCCAUGCUGCCGGCAUUGGCUUUAAACAGCAAAAUCCUCAAAGCUUCGAAACACAUUUUAUUCCCUACUUCUACUAUUUCAUUGGACAUCACUUUCAUGAUUUGGUUUUUGCCAAUUUAAUUCCUGUGCUGGAAAGUGGCGGAUUCAGCACUGAAGAAAUCGAAACAGUAAAAUCCGUUUAUCAAGGCAUUACAAAGAAACAGGAUAUCAGCAAUACUUGGGGAACACUAAUUCACUAUGACACUUGGAUGAAUAAUAUUCUGAUCAAAAACGAUGGUUCUGAGCCGAAGAAUGCUAUAAUAGUAGACUAUCAAGUGUACGAACAGGGCACACCGCUUAAUGAUAUAAUGCUUUUCCUCUUCACCAGCGUCCAACUAGACAUUCUCAAAAAAGAAAUUGACCACUUUCUGGAUUUCUACUUUAACUCCCUGAUAACAAAUCUGAGAAGACUGGGAUUAGACAUUUCAAAGUUCUCUAGAGACAGUUUUAAUGAGGAAAUUAAAAUCGCAGUAAAAAAAUACGAAUUUCAUCACACCAUGUGGUUGUUGGAGCCCAUAUUGAAUCCAAACCUGCAAUCAUUGGCAACAUUUAAACAAGGGGAUGUAUAUUUGCUGAACUGGACCGAAGAGCACAAGGAGAGAAUACAAUUUAUUACUCGCUUGUGCUUUGAAAAAGGAUGGUUUUGAUUUGGUGUACCAUUAGAACAUCGCACAAAGUUUAUUUUUUUAAGCAAUUGUAAAAGUCUUUAUUUACCUUUGAUAACACUGUUUUUAAUAAAUAUUUUACGUCAAA